AUGCAAUUGCAGUUGCACACUAAGGCCAGCAGGGGGCGGUGGUGUACAGCACACAGUGACACCGACAGCACCACCAAAGAAGCAGCAGUCAGUCAGUCAGCAGCGUGCUGUGGAGGUCAUGUUUGGGACUUGAACAUGUCGGUGCUGGAGCCCACUCUCCUGCUCUGUGUGUUCGGCUUCUUCUCCAGCCUGCGACCGUCGGAGCCCUUCCUCACCGCCUUCCUGCUGGGCCCGGACCACAACCUGACGGAGGAGCAGGUGGUUAAUGAAAUCUAUCCAGUAUGGACGUAUUCCUACCUGGCGCUGCUGUUGCCUAUCUUCCUGGCCACGGACUACCUGUGUUAUAAGCCUGUGUUGGUGCUGCAGGCCACCAGCCUAGUGGUGACCUAUGUGAUUCUUCUGAAGGCGCAGGGCCUGCUGGCCAUGCAGCUGCUGGAGUUCUUCUUCGGGCUGGCCACAGCCUCGGAGGUGGCGUACUACUCCUACAUCUACAGCGUGGUGGAGCCGGCCCACUACCAGAAGGUAACGGGGUACUGCCGCAGCGUCACUCUGUUCGGCUCGGCGGCCGGCUCUCUGACCGGACAGCUGCUGCUCUCUUUGGCGAAAGUUCGGCUUGUGCACCUCGUCAUCAUCACUCUGGCAUCAUCCGCCGUGGCCUUCGUCGCUCCCUGGUUCCUGCCCAUGCCCAAGAGGAGCUUGUUUUUCCACAUGGGAGCGGGGGAGGGGGGGCCCCGCAGCAGCACCGCUCUGUUGGAGAAGGACUCGGAGAGGGAGCUGCCUCUGAAUGGUGUCACCACAAUAUCCAGUUCCUCUGAGACAGGAAGUCAGGGCAGUGGAUUUGUGAAGGUGUUACGGAUUCUCUUUGACGACUUCCUGCAGUGCUACAGAAGUGGGCCCCUGUUGGCCUGGUCUCUGUGGUGGGCUCUGGCCACCUGCGGCUACUUCCAGGUGGUCAACUACGCCCAGGCCCUGUGGGAGAACGUCCGUCCAUCACAGGACUACGAGAUCUACAACGGCUACGUGGAGACGCUGUCCACACUGCUCGGGGCCCUGGCUGCUCUGCUGGUGGGCUGCCUGCCUCUGAGCUGGACUCAGUGGGGGGAGCUGGCUCUGUGUGUGCUCUCCCUGCUCAUGGCUGUGUGUGUGUUUGUCAUGGACACCGUGAGGAACAUCUGGAUGUGUUACGCCUCAUACAUCUUCUUCAGAGCCACCUACAUGCUGCUCAUCACCAUGGCUACAUACCAGAUCGCAGCCAGCCUCAGCAUGCAGCGCUACGCCCUGGUGUUCGGAGUGAACACCUUCAUGGCGCUGCUGCUGCAGUCGCUCCUCACCGUGGUGGUGGUGGACUCCGUCGGCCUCGGCCUCGAUGUUUUCACACAGUUCCUCAUCUAUGGCUGCUACUUUGCUGUCAUUUCUCUGGUGUUCCUCCUCGCUGGUGUGUGCAAACUGGCCUCCAGGAGGCGCUGCAGGCAGGGGGGGGCUGACAGCCCAGAGCCAGACUCUCCUUCAACACAGGACGCCAGCUCCACUAGAUAGGCCUUUAUCAUAGGUAUCAAUUCUCUUGAUAUGCUUGAGCACCAUGGGUUCACGGAAGAGGGUUAGUUUUUCUGACAGAUAUUACGAUUCGAUUUGCGAUAUUUGUUUUUAAGCAACCUAACGGAAGUUUAUUGUAAAAUGCGGCCAUAUCUCCGGCUAGGAAGGUCGUAUCAAAGUGCUCCCGUCUCUAGCAGCCCCGCAGCCCGAGCUACGAGUGAAAGGACUAAACUUACAUGAAACUUCCGUUGGGUUGCUUUAAAGUCAAGCUUCAGUUUAAGAUUCACCCUGUAAUAGAAACAUGUGAUGGAGCAUUACUAACCUGACUCAGAUUCAACUCCGAUUCAAAAAUACUUUGCAGGUGAUUGGAUCAAUCUGUCAAUCACCUUCUAUCAUGAGCCACUUCUGAUUGGUUAACAAUGGCAUGUACAUGUGGAGCACAGCACUCCUGAUUGGUGUGGAUGACUAACACACAAGAAGAACAAAAAAAAGAAAUCAUAAAGAAAAUUGCAUCAUUUAAAAUCGCGAUUUUGAUUUAAAAUCGAUUAAUCGUUCAGCCCUAGUGCCACAUAAGAAACAUGUAGAAAUGACUGCUGGUAGGAAAUGUACAAUGGGUUAAUUCCAAUAGGUUUGGUAAAAACCCACUUCCUGCUGCUUCUGAGAGAAGAUACUUGAGAGCACAUGUGCAGAAUGACCAAAACGAGUUGCGUGAUAAUCACUCUUAUGUUUACUCACACUUUUAUUUUCAUUCAAGUGAGUAUUAAAAAAAAAGACUUGUAAUGCAGCUUUAAAAAACUGCUGAUCACAGAUGAAAGGCUUCAUCGGAUAUAUGAUAUUGAAAAAUGUUUACGAAUGUUCAGAAUUCGUAAGAAGUCAGUGCCUUAAUGUCAAGGCAAGAGCUGAAUGAACACUAAGGAUGGUUCCUUCCUAACGGUACUGCUGCUCUUGUGUUACUGCGACACCAGCCUUUAUUCUGAAGAAACUGUUUUUGUUAUUUCCUUCUGUAAUUGCAUAGAUUGUGUAUUGGAGUUUAUCAAUAUGAAUCAAUGUGACUGACAGUAUGUUAUAUUGUUUGAUAUUGACAUGUUACCCUGUGGGGAUCAUGGAUGUAUACGAAAUGUACUAAUGUAUGUUAGAACUGUAUACAUGUUUAUUUAAGUUCACGUUUUUAAGCUCACUAUCACUUCGAUUUUUGACGUUGUAAUCAGUAGAAGUAAAAGCUAACGGCAGGCAGCCUAUAGAAAAACGACACAUGGCUGCACACCACCACGGCUGAUGUUGAGCAAUAAAAGAACUACUACUGUAAAACAGAAAUAAGUGUAAAAAAUGUAAAUGUAUUUUAAGAAAAUGGCCUUUUGCUGUGCGAAUGGGCCCCGCCCCGCUGCUGCAGUGCUCCACAUGUUAAAGUUGUCUCAUGGUGAACACAAAUAUCUAAACUAUCCCCACGGCUGUGCCAUGUGUGUGUGAGUGCAUUGGAUGAUGAGUAGUCUCCAUCAGUGUGUGUGUGAAUGUUUCCAUGGGAUGUUAAAAUAAACAAUAACUGUAGAAUUCUUUGCACAAUCUUUUACCUGCACUACGCAAAGUGAAACAUUCCUAGUUGCUGUCUCUAUGCAAAAAUCAUCAAAAAUGACAUGCCUAAUAAACAUACUAUUUUGUUA